AUGUCCCAACCCCCAGAUACACGUCCCCCCGACUCGGGUUUGGCUGAUGAGAAGCAGUACGACUAUGGAGACUACUACCACUCUGCGAACAAGCGUCCCCGGCCUGACGACGACGCUGAAGGCAGUCGUGGCCACCCGUCGCAUGUUUCUCAUCAACACACGGGACACAGCAUCCACCCUCCCGCCCAGCAGUCCCCAUCCACACCCAUCUCGGGCCCCAAAAGAGCCAGCCAGGCGUGUCUUCGCUGCAGGAAGCAAAAGCUACGUUGUUUAGGAGGAUACCCAUGCUCGCGCUGCGUCAAGGCCAAGCACCAGUGCGACUUUGGUGGACCGGCAGGCGCCCCCGGGCCUCGCGUUGUGGACUCUGCACAUCGUAUUGAGACGCUCGAGGCCAACGUCGCUGCUCUCCUCGCGGGCAUGAGUGCAAACUCGGGACAGGCGCAGGCUGCCCAACAGCAACAACAACAGCAGCAGCAGCAGAGGCAGAAGAAGCCGAAACAGGCAGCCUCGGAAGACGCGGACGUAUACCCCCAGGCCGAGAUGCUGCGUCCCCUUCAACCCGAAGCCCGUAUCCCCCUCAACUUUGACGGACGCGUCCUCGAGAGCAGCAGCAACGGCGCCAGUGCCGGCAACUGGAACGACAUUCCACCACCGACGCACGUCCGCCCGUUUGACCCCCCACGCUUCCCGCGCAGCCCCGAGGCACACGUCCACUUUCCCGGAUCCCCGCUCCACACCAGCCCAAGCUACACCAGCACUGCGAGCGUGUUUGGCCCCAGCCCCGCUAGCGGAACGGGUGGUUCUCGCGGCGGGGGCGCGGGUGGUAGUGGUGGGAUCCCACAGAGGCGCAGGUCUCGUGGCCAAAAAGCCGAAGAGCGCCUCGCGGCGGCCACCGACGACGACGCCCCGUUCAAACCGCUUCUCUACCAGCCUACUGUGUGGGACAACCGCGAAGAGAGCAGGCGCGCUAGCCCCCAGCUCUCGAGUGGGGCUAGUCGUACCUCGGAAGAUAUGAUGCUCGAGCUGCCAAUGAUGCACCGUGGACGUGACGAUCCCGUGUCCACCGAACUCGUGGACGAGGGCAUGGCCAGGAUUCUCUUUGGAUUCUUUGUUCAGAAUCUCCACCCCUUCUGUCCCGUCGUGGAUGUGUCCGACGAAGACGCCUUCCUUCGCGUGCGCCAGCAGUCUGCAACUCUGCUGAGCGCCACCCUCGCUAUCGCAGCCCGCUUCUAUCCCCGGUACAUUGAGCGCCAGCCCUCGGCCUCGCUGCCGCCCAUCGCUCCCGAUCUGCCCGCGCGCCUGGCUCAGCUCGCCGAACACCAUCUCGCGCAAACGAUGCUCAGGAAGCAACACCACCUGACCGAUGUCCAGGCCGUCCUCCUCCUCGCGGCUUGGGGACUGCAGUCGGGCGGUAAGGGCCCCGACGCGUGGAUCGUCACCGGCCACGCCGCGCGUAUCGCCCGUCGCUUGGGUAUCCCGCGCGACCUCGCCGCGGCAGCCGCUGCAGCCCGUGUUGCCGUGCCAAACUCGCCAGAGUGGACCGAGCUCGAAGGUCACGGCUCCAAGUGGCGUACCUGGCUUUGCUGGUUUACGUUUGACGGCUUCCUCUCACUUGGCUUCGGACGUCCCCAGUCCACCCAGUUUGAGACCGUCGACGAAGCGGGGUUCCUCCAGAUGCGUCUCUCGUCGCCGUUACCCGUUCCCGGAACUCUGGCUGCUACCCAAGCCUAUGGCGACGCGUACAUUGCCGGCCAAGUGCAGCUGACCCAGAUUGGCCGUGACCUCAUCAACUGGGGCGACGCGCUCAGCGAUCCCCGCGCUACCGAGGUGGAGGAGCUACAGGGGAGGGAUAUCAGCGUGAGGGCCAUGUUUAGCGAGCUCAACGCGCGCCUGGAUGAGUGGAGUAAGAGGUGGAUCUGGUCUAACUCGCCCUAUUUGGCAUACCUUGGGCCCUCGGCUCGUAUCGGCCGCCUGCAGGCCGAACACAUGCGUCUCUGCCUCAACUCGUUUGCGCUCAAGGCCCCGCCCGACGAACUCAAGCUCAUUGGCGAUGCGCUCGCCCGUGGCCUCCAGGCGGCCAUGAGCACAAUCCAGACUUACCACGAGAGCUCGCAGACGGAUCUGGCGUUGAGCUUUGCUACGGAUUACCUCACGAUCACUCUGGGCCAAGCUGCCGUCUUCCUGAUCCGCAUCGCCAAAGCCUCGCCCGCCAUCCAAGCUGCGGCAAAGGUCGACCCGCCCGUGGUCACGCACUAUCUGAAGAUGAGCAUCGAGGUGCUGGCCGUCUCGGACCUGAGCGAGACCCGUCUCAGCAGCUACCUCGCGCGUACCCUUCGCGACAUUUCACGCGCGGCCGGCAUCCCUGUGGGCGACGACGACGGUCUGGACGGGACGAACGGCAUUGUCACUGCGGAGGGCAGCCGCCCAACAAGUGCCGACAAGCUCCAGGAGAGUGGCGAGGGCGGAAACGGUGUCAACAACGCCGAGGUUGCCCCCGACCUCGAGCGUCGUGGAGGAGGAACCGGGACGGGUACCGUUACCCCUGCGUGGGAUCUCGACAACCUGUUCAACCUCGAAGAGCACGUCGACCUGGGGUACCUCUUGGGUCUGCCCGGUGACAGCUCGGCUAUUGGGUCUGGAAUGAGCUUUGAGUAUGAGGGCUUUGGGAUGGGGAUGAUGCAGUAG